GGUGGUUGGGUGUAGGUCCGCCUUGGGUGGACGAGAGGAACUGGGAGUCGUCUCGUUGGAACGUCCCCCUCCCCCCAGCGGGAGGAGCCUUGCACACUAGCGUCGCCGCGGCAGUUCCAGAGCGCUCCGACUUCAACUUCGGGGUCGGAAACGCUCACCUGCGGCUCGGGCUCCUUUCCAAGAGUUCCGGCUUGGUGGUGGUUGAGUGACUUCGUUUACUCGUUUCUUUCCCUGUCCUUGAAAAUAAGAGCCGAAGGCUUCUGUCUUCCAGUUAAGAGAAACUUAACGAGGAGAAAGUCGUAUUGGUACACUCAAGUGGCCUUUUUAAUGAUUGAGUAAUGAUGGCGAUGGACCCAAAUUAGAAAUCAAUUUCUUCAAUAAGGCAAUAGAAGAUUCUUCAUAAUCACUUCUGGAAGCUCAGUUCAGUUUUGGGAAGGAGGAGAACAAGUGAAAUACAGAAAACUGAUAAGAAGAAACCCUCAUUUUGGAAUUCUCUUUCUUCUUGACCCUUAUCUUUUCUACUUAUAAUUUUGUUUUGAAUUUAUAAAUAGUAAAGACCAAAGAAAUAGGAUACAUAUUUAGAAGCUUUAUACCAAGAAAUUUGCCUUGAAAGCUGCUAUUCUGUGGCAGGAAAGAUAGAUCAAGUUUCUGUCCGAUUCCUUUAAAAAAUCAAAAUUAAAAAAACAAAACAAAACAAAACAAAAAACCCACCAAAAUAAGAUUUCUUGUAUCUUUAGAUUUUCAAGUUUAAGACAGAUAAAAGAAUAUAUCUGCACACUGUUUUAAGCAGUUGUGUAAGAUGAGAUUUGUGUUUUAAAGGCUUUUGUCGUGAAUAUUUUGCCACUGGAAUUGAUUAUUCAGAAGAUCUCUUAUAGUGCUUUAUUAUUACAUUUUUGAUCUAUCACCUUGUUGACAUUUCUUACCCACACCUGAGACCACCUGUCUUUCUAGCUAUGGUAUUGUUAUGAACAGUAUUUGCACUCACUGUGCAAAUGUCCCUGUUUUGCCCAUUUAAGCAACAUCAUAGUGCCAUUACUCAGGGAAGUUGAAUGAGGUGAACGUAGACAUAGCUUUUCCCCCUUUCCCCCCCUUUUUUAAAUGUAACAAAUAACUUUUUAUGUUCCCCUUCCCCCUUCCCCUCCCCCCUCCCCCUUUGAAAACGUGUCAGGAACUAGAUAGUUCAGGAUGAGUAAUUGAGAGGAUUAAGAGAGUGAGCCACACAGAGCUGGGCUUCUUUGUGCUUCAUCACAAGGCGUGCUGCUGGCCAGGCUACUUAAGCACCCUUUUUACAAGAAAACCUCUGGAAGAUACAGCUGGCAACUUUGGAAACAGGACCACAGAGGUGGCACUCUGAGGAUCCUGGCCAUGAGGUUGAAUGCCUCAUCUUGCUGAAAAGACACUGGACCUAAAUGGCGCAGCAUGACUUUGUUCCUGCUUGGCUAAAUUUCUCAACGCCACAGUCAGCUAAGGUGCCCUCUUCCAUUUCUGUGUCAUCUACAGCCACCUUAGACAAACACGGAGAGCACCUACCCCGGGGAGAAGGUAGAUUUGGAGUAAGUCGUCGUCGACAUAAUUCUUCUGAUGGCUUUUUUAACAAUGGACCUCUACGGACUACAGGAGAUUCUUGGCACCAACCCUCUUUAUUCCGCCAUGAUUCUGUGGACUCUGGUGUCUCUAAGGGAACAUAUUCUGGAACCACAGGGAAUCUAUCUGGUUGGCAUGGCUCUUCCCGAGGUUAUGAUGGCCUAAGCCAACGAAGUGGAGGUAGCACAGGAAGCCAUCGACACUGGAAUGGCAGCUUCCACUCCCGGAAAGGCUGUAGCUUUCAAGAAAAACCACCAACAGAGAUUAGGGAAGAAAAAAAAGAGGAUAAAGUAGAAAAGUUGCAGUUUGAAGAGGAAGACUUUCCUUCUUUGAAUCCAGAAGCUGGCAAACAGAAUCAGCCAUGCAGACCUAUUGGGACCCCUUCUGGAGUGUGGGAAAAUCCACCUAGUGCCAAGCAACCCUCAAAGAUGCUAGUCAUAAAAAAAGUUUCCAAAGAGGAUCCUGCUGCUGCCUUCGCUGCUGCGUUCACCUCAUCAGGAUCCCACCAUGCAAAUGGGAACAAAGUGUCAACCAUGGUCCCAAGUGUCUAUAAGAACUUGGUUCCUAAGCCUGCACCACCUCCCUCUAAGCCCAACGCAUGGAAAGCUAACAGAAUGGAACACAAAUCAGGAUCCCUUUCCUCUAGCCGGGAAUCUGCUUUUACCAAUCCAAUUUCUGUUACUAAACCAGUGGUACUAGCUGCUGGUAUAGUUCUGAACUCUCCCAAAGAGAGUCCCUCCAGUACUACCCCUCCCAUUGAGAUCAGCUCCUCUCGCCUGACCAAAUUGACUCGCCGCACCACGGACAGGAAGAGUGAGUUCCUGAAGGCUCUGAAGGAUGAACGAAAUGGAGACUGCUCAGAAAGCAGAGACUGUGACAAGCCAGAGGGGUUGGAGGGCAGCCACACACCCGAACCAAAGGAAAAUGGAGAACAAGGUUGUCUUCAGAACGGUCUUUCUCUACCCAUUGUAGAAGAAGGGGAGGUCCUAUCUCACUCUCUGGAAGCAGAGCACAGGUUAUUAAAAGCAAUGGGAUGGCAGGAAUAUCCUGAAAAUGAUGAGAGUUGCCUUCCACUCACAGAGGAUGAGCUCAAGGAGUUCCACAUGAGAACAGAGCAGCUACGAAGAAAUGGGUUUGGAAAGAACGGCUUCACGUUGAGCCGCAGUUCCAACCUGUUCUCUCCUUGGAGAAGCACUAUGAAUCCCGAGUGUGAGGACUCCGACACAGAAACAAGCAGCAGCGAGACAUCGGAUGACGACGCCUGGAAGUAGAAGAAUAAGUGCUCACCGUUGACCUGCCCCAUGAGCUCAGCUUUGUGUUUAGAGAAUAUAAAGUGUUCUUUUCCUUUUCUUACGUUGUUGAAUACUUCAUGCACAAGGGAAAUAAUCCCAUCCCAAAGAGAGAGCAAUUGUCUUGCUUAGCUUUGUUUUGUUUUCUGUUAUCUGCUUAAUAGAGAGACAUUUGUGUGGUGGAAGUUUUUAAGCACACACACAGUACCUGUGGGCCGUGCACAAGUAGGAGCUGGCAGUGCAGAGAUGCAGGGGAGACGUGGCUCUGCUCAACAGCUCCUGCUACCAGCCCUUGGGCACUCACCCCUGUGCUCAAGCAAUCAUUGUCAAUGACAAAGUGACUAUUGAAGUUAUAAUUGUAUUAAAUUAAUGCUAAUAAUUUGGAUAUUUUAUUUUAUUUUUUGGCUGCUCGGGUAACUUAGCCCUUAACCAAGCAUAUGUGGUUGUUUUUUUGUUUUUUUUUUUUUUUUGUUGUUGUUGUUGUUUUUUUUCUUUUUUGGGUACAGCUGUAAAAUAUUUGGAUAUAGGAAAUGUUAUUCUUGCAGCCUUGAUAUUCAGGGUGGAUUGUAAAAUAUGAAUUUUUGUGAGAUUUCAAAGAUUAAGAUUAUUUUGAUAACAUUAUUUACAGAUUUAAAAGAUGUGGUUAUCACAAGUCUGUUGAGGGGAAAAACUACUGCAUAAAAUAACUAACGUGGAAUAAAUAUUUUGCAUCAGUUUG